GCCGUCACCUAAAACUCUAAUAACACAUUUAGAAAGUCAUUUCGGUACUGACGUCACGAUUUCAGGUACAGGGAUUAAAAGUAUCGUCACUUACUGUGGUUCUGGCGAUUUACCUGUUGACGAUAUGUGGUAUAUGCAUCGUGAACAAAGGAAAGAAGAUGAAGAUAUUCGUGUUAUACGAACUGCUGCUGAGUUAAUACGAAAACAAAUUAAAAGUACUCAGUACAAGACCAAAACAUAUCCUUCGUCUGUCAGCUUUCUUGACAAUGUUCAUGCAGACAUUCCGAAGUAUUUAGAUGAAUUUUUGGAAGAGCUGAUGAUGUUUGAUGUGCACAAAAAAAAGAGAAGACAGGAAAAGAUGUCAGAGUCAACGUAUUCUGAACAAUCCGAGACGAAUGAUGACGAAAUGGCCAAUGAAGAUGAUGAUGAUACUUUUAACAGCCUUGGAGUAAAAAAAGAUUACGUAGCCCAUUCCAUAAUCUCUGCUAUUCGUCCGAAAUCAUUUAUUUCUUCUCUUCUAUUGUCUACCGGAUUAUAUAUUAACCGCAAAUCAGGAUCAAAAUUAAUAGUCAAUUUGUUGGCUAAGCUUGGAGUAUGUGCGUCUUAUCACAACACUGCUUUACAUGAAUUAUCAGCAAUAAAAGCGGAAGUAACAAAAAUUGAGAAACCUUGUUUUACUCAGUAUGUAUACGACAAUGCAGAUCAUAAUCCAUCUACCAUUGACGGAAAAAACACCAUGCACAUUAUGGGUGGCAUUUGUUGUGUAGCUCCUAAGCAUGCUGUUUGUACUUCUGGGGAGAUUCCAAAAUUAAAGAGAUUGCCAGCUGCAUCGGAAGUUGCCUCCAUAGGAGCUGUGGAAUUAAAAGAUUUUCCGGAUCAGAAAACUACACUAGAACCUGUGAAAUUCUUAGACGUAUCCGGAUUUACGUUUGGAGAUGUUGUACCAGGAAUCACAACAGUAUAUUCUACACAAAUUUGGGCUUCUUAUAUGCAGGUUGAAAAACUACCUAGUAUUCGCGGCUUAUUCGAUAGGAUUGCUAAAGUACCGUUUUACCAAGUUUCGAAGAUUUUUUGUUUGCCAUUCAUAGACGAGAAUCCAUCGGACUUCAGAACAAUUUAUACAGCAUUGCAUUAUGCUGCACAACACUGCAAAGAAACAGAACGCAAAACCUGCUUCGUAACCUUUGAUUAUCCUCUGUACAUUAAAGCUAAACAAAUACUAUGCAACACCAAGGAAGAAGAUUUACAAAAUGUAGUUCCUCGCUUAGGAGGUUUCCAUUUGCUCAUGUCCUAUUUAAAAGCUAUUGGAACAAUAAUGGAAGGUUCUGGUAUCUUUGAACUGUUUUGCACAGUAUUUGCCCAAAAUUCGGUAGAUAAGAUGUUGUCGUGUACAGCUUACUCUAGAGCGAUUCGUGCUCAUAUGCUAGCAAUGACUGCAAUAGGGGAAAUAAUUGCAGAGUUCGCAGAAAGUUCUGAAAACAUAGAAAGUCAUAAAUAUAUUGAGCACAUCAAAGAAUCUCGACCACUGGAAGCUCCUCCAUCAUUUAUAAGUAUUUCGCGUCAAAUUCAGAAUAGAAAAUUAACGAUUUCAAAUUUAUUUGCUGAUCUGAAGAAUUAUCCACCCACAUUAGACCAAGUUUAUGAAACAGAUGAUGCUGUAGCCAUGUUAAAAUUAUUCAUCAGUGCCACAACGACACUACAGCGCAAAAGUCCAACUGCUGAACUGUGGCUACAGUACUUCAAUAGUGUUAUUGUGGCAUUACAAUUUAUUGAGGCUGAACGUUUGGGCAAUUGGAAUUUACAUUUAUCAUGUAUCAAGCAAAUGUUACCAAUAUUUCAUGCGGCAGGGCAUUUUAAUUAUUGCAAAGGAGCACAAAUCUACCUUCAAGAUAUGUCAGAUUUGAAAAAUGUGAUGGAUCCUUCCGAAUUUAUAACUUUUACCGAA